UACCCAUAAAGUUAACCCUCACAGAAACCUUUGCAAAUCACCAGAUUUAAAAAUAUAAAAAUUAUUUGACUGCUUUGUGAGUCUUUUUAACUAGUGAAAUCAGGUAAAAUGUCCCCACUUGUUGUUUGUCGUAUAUUUCACUACACAAAGCGAGGAUAUUUGGCCCUAACAAGUAUAGCUAAACAGGUACACACACACACACACACACACACACACACACACACACACACACACACACACAAUUGGGUACAUUGCAUAGAUUAUACUGUUUUUAUAUACAGCUAUUUUCAAAUGCAAUAACCUAAUCCACACCCUGACCAUAAGAGAAAACCUUCAACAUUUUUCACAGUUUCUAAAACACUUUUUUAUUUACUUCUUACUUACAAAUGAUGACGUCCCCAAAAAGAAGGUUAAGCUGACUUCUGGGUACAAAAUUGUCCCCAAAAUAUUUAGUAGGUACAUAAAUACAAAGUUUACAAUAAAUACACCCAGUGUCAGGAUCACCAGUCACCUUACCUAUCAUCUCUGCACACUAUACUCCCACAAUCCUCCUUGGCACACACUUCACAAUCACCAGAUCUGUUUGCUUUCAUCCUCAUCAACUCUCCAUAAAAGCCAGCACCACACACACAGGCCGUGUCUGGUCUCAUCAAUGACUAGGACUGCUAGUCACUACUAACCUGUGUGAUAUUCUCCUUCCUUCCUGGAUUCCUGAUUCCCUUGUGCAAUCUGGAAAUACCUGAAUGAACAACCAUGACCCACGGAUGCAGAAAGGCCCAGCGUUUAGCUUCGGCACACGUCAUCGUGGCUUACAUGCCAACUCUUCCCCAGGUCCUGGUUACCUCGUUCCCUCCAACAUCACCAGGGUGGGUCGGGAUGGAACCCCUGCAUACUCUGUCUAUGGCCGACCCAAGGAUAUUCAGCCCUUCCAGACUCCUGGCCCAGGAAGUUACUCCCCUGAAAACGCAACAAAGACCACCUAUUACUUGGCCCCUGCGUUCUCUCUGUCUGCAAGGACUAAACUGUUCCGUAAUGAUCAAACACCAGGUCCAGCUGCGUACAUGCUUCCCCCAGUUUUGGGGUCAAGAGUUGUGAAUAAAGCAUCGGCCCCAAACGUCUCCUUCAGUGGUCGUAGUGCUAUCGGCAGCUUCCAUGAAGAUCUACGGAAGACUCCAGGCCCAGGGACCUAUCAAGUGGUGGAUUCAUGUGUGUACAAACACAAGGCCCCUGAGUACAGCAUCACCGGACGCAACUUCACUCCUGGAGACAUUACAAAGAAACCUGGACCUGGAGCCCACCAUCCAGAAAGGGUUACUUUCACAGUAUCCAAAGCUCCCAGCUAUUCCUUUGGAAUUCGUCACUCGGAGUACAUUGCUCCCAUAAUUGUGGAUGGGGCUGAUUAAACGGGUCUAUUCGGUCUUAGUGAAUUCUGUUAGGCAAGCUAUAGUCUCUCAUAUCAUGUCUUAAUAUUGCUAAAACAUAUAACUUGAAUUAAUGGUGUUUCAGUAAAAAAGGCUCCAAGAUGCAUAUUUGUGCUGCUGCCACAAUAUAAGAAAUAAGCUCCAUUCCAAAACCAAGUGAACCAAGUCUACCUAGACUAGCAUUUUAACACAUCACAGACACAAUAAUACUGUAGUAAUAGUGUUGGGUCUGACUCCACCUUGUAGAGUCCAAAACCUUAACCAAGGACAAGUACAUGUUCAUUCAUAAUUGCAGUCCAAAAACCCCAACUCUACAAUCCAUACAUGGAGGUUAUUCCAAAUAAAUAAAAAUUAGCAGCAAAAACAAAUAAUUAAAAACUAGUUAUAUAAUAU